AAGCGAGUGCGCAUGCGCAGGAUUACGCGGCUGGCUGGUACGUGACUCGUACUCGAGUACUCUUGCACGUAGCGCGCGGAGCGCUGGUCCAUGGUGGAAGGAAGAAGAGAGCAUGGCAGCAGAAGGCGAGGAUGAGGCCCAGCAGGCGGUGGCCGUAGAGGAGCCGCUGGACUUGGUCCGCCUCAGCCUGGACGAGAGGAUUUUCGUCAAGUUGAGAAACAACCGAGAGCUGAAGGGACGCCUCCACGCGUACGACCAACACCUGAACAUGAUUCUGAGCGAAGUUGAGGAGAUUAUAACUACGAUGGAACUGGACGAGGAAACCUUUGAAGAAAUAUACAAAACGACUAAACGGAAUGUUCCGAUGCUGUUUGUCAGAGGAGACGGAGUGAUUCUCAUUUCUCCUCCGCUACGGGCGGGAAUAUAGUCGCAACACCCUCUCGUUAACUCCAGCCACACCUCCCACAUCCAGCACCAGGAAACCGACACACCUGACAAAUUCUUACAUAACACAAUAGCUCGCAAUUAUAUAUAGAAUGUCUUUUUCAAUUCAUUUUAACUUUGUUACAUUGAACACGCCACACUCUCAGUGUUGCCAUUGGGUAUAUACAAAACGUAACAACAAUUGUCUAUUGCUGUCUGUGGACUAUUUUCCCCUCUUUGAUGACAUAUUUUAUGAGUUGGUUGUGGCACCCCAGUUGAUAUACGAGGUGCUCCCACCUACAUGUGUGUGUGUGUGUCGUUUGGGUAUGAGAAGAGAGAGGAGAGAGAGAGAGAGAGAGAGUAAAUAUAAGAGGAAAGGAAAAGAGGUGGAAGGGAAGGUGAGGAGAGAAAAAUUGAGGAGGGAGGAGAGGGGUUCACAAGGUCCUAUAUCUCACCUUGCUGAGUUGAUAAUGAC